UACAGCCUGCUUGAUUAAUUCUGCUGACCAUAGGCGGAUUUCAUAGAACCAGACAACAAAAGCUGAAAUACGAUUGGUUAAAAACUCUACCAAUAACUUAAGACACAAUGAAGAGCUGAACCAAGUACGACAAUAAGAACAAAUACACCACUUUUAAAAAAAAAGUACAUAUUUUUAAAUGUUCGUUAAAAAAAAGAUUUUAAUACAUUUAAGCCAACAGAAAAGGCCAUAUAGACCCUGAAAGCCCACUUCUGAUCACGUUAAGUCCUUUUCUGAUACGCUCUUUAAUACAGUACAGAGUAAAUGUAACUAAAAGAACAUGUUGACAAAAUACUACUAUUGAAUAUUUGUACCACCAUGAAAAAAAAAAUAAGUACAUUUGCAAGUAUAAAUGAAUAAAAUAGUUAGAAAAAGUCAUUAUAUUACAGGAAUAAAGUUGUAACAUUAUGAAAGAAAAGUUGUAAAUUUAAGGAAAAAAAAGUUGUAAAAUUGGAUCAAAAUGAUAAUAAAAGUCAAUAUUUUAUGAGAAUAAACUGGUAAAAUUAUGAGUAAAAAGUUAAUAUUUUACAAUAAUAAUGUUUUAAGUUGAGAAUUAACUAAAUUAAAGUCCAAACUAAAGUUUUUGACCCAUAAUCUCAGUUUAAUUUUUGGGCAAUUAAAUCAAAAAUACAUUUCUGAAUGUUGGUAUGGAAGCCAGCUAAAAAUAAGCCAAAGCACGUUUGUGGUGAACAGUGUUCUCUCUCUAUUAUUGGGACUCAUCUAAACCAAAGAUCCAGCUAAAAUAAGAAAUUCAGUCAUAAAACAAACAGAUUAAGGGUUUAUGUUGGGAUCGUCAGGGAAAAAGAACAAAACAUUAACUUUAUUUUUGUAAAUGAUUAAAAUCAUAAAAUUAAAAAACCCAACAUGAGAGAACUGAAACUUCUAACUGAAUGAACCAAAACCAAGGAAGUAGGAGUGGCUCAAACUUUUUAAAGGGAGGUUAUUUAACAAACAGGAAGCAGCUGUGCUGAAUGCAAACUCCAACCAUGUGUGAUCAUGACAAGAAGGCAAAGGAGGAGAAAAAAAACCCAAAACAAUAUAUAUAAAAAAAGAAUAAAAAGCUAUUGAUGUAGGAUAAAACAAUUCAUUUCUAUUUAGUUAAUUCCUGCACACAUUUUGAUUUUUGCUUUAUAAAUCCUGUAAGAAAUUAAACAUCUGCACUAAAUCUGAUUUGUUAAUAAAAAAAACACCAGUCAGACUCAUCCCUAAAAUUAGGAUUUAGCACAAAUGGGAUCUUUUCUUCCUGUGAGGACCUUAAACAGAGGCAGGAUCUCCAGAACCAGAGUCUAAAACCGAGGCCAUGGCCAUUAACCAUGGAGCUGGAGCCAGAUACGCCCAUCGAUUCAUUCUGUCACAGACAGUCUCUGGUGCUGCUCCGAGUGCACACUCUCUGAAUAUGCCAGCUAAGCACGACAAAGCCCAACAGACUGUUUAACACUCCAUUUCCUCAGAGUUGGAGCUGGCAACGAAAGACCAAAUGAAAUGGAUGCAUUCAAUUUUACGUACUGGAAUGCCUCUGAAGGCAAUGAGACAGUGGUGGAAGAGAGUGAAAGUCCCUACAAGACCGUGGAGGUGGUCUUCAUCAUCCUGGUGGCUGGAUCCCUCAGUUUGGUCACAGUUAUUGGCAAUAUCCUCGUCAUGCUUUCCAUCAAAGUUAAUAGGAACUUACAAACUGUCAACAACUAUUUUUUAUUCAGCCUUGCAUGUGCGGACCUAAUUAUUGGACUGUGUUCUAUGAACUUGUACACAGUUUACAUAGUAAUAGGCUACUGGCCUCUGGGACCGGUGGUGUGUGACUUGUGGUUGGCGUUGGACUAUGUUGUCAGCAAUGCAUCUGUCAUGAAUCUUCUCAUCAUAAGCUUUGACAGAUACUUCUGUGUCACCAAGCCCCUCAGCUAUCCAGUAAAAAGGACCACCAAAAUGGCGGGGAUGAUGAUUGCCGCUGCCUGGGUUCUUUCGUUCAUCCUCUGGGCGCCUGCUAUCCUUUUUUGGCAGUUUAUUGUUGGUGGGCGGACAGUGCCUGAGAAGGAGUGCUAUAUCCAGUUCUUUUCCAAUGCUGCUGUCACUUUCGGCACGGCCAUCGCUGCCUUUUACCUGCCCGUCAUCAUCAUGAUCCAGUUGUACUGGCAGAUCUCCAGAGCGAGCAAAAGCCGCGUGAAGAAGGACAACCGAAAGCCAUCUGGAGCCAACCCAGAACCUCUGUCACCCGGACAGAGGAGGAGCAGCACUCCAAAACCCAACAAUAACAAUGUCCCGGGAGAAGAUGCGGGGCAUUCCCAAAACCAGAGAGUCGAUGGUGGGGCAAACCAGCAUGACAGCAAGCUGCAGAAUGGGAAAGGACCAUCCUCCACAACUGCUGAGGGAGAGACUGAAGGUGAGGAUGUGGCACGGGAGAACUGCACCCCUGGAGACGAGAAGGAGAGCUCCAACGACUCCACGUCUGUGAGCGUGGUCGCUUCCAAUCAGAAGGAGGAGGAACCUGCACCGUCUACUGCCAACUCCUGUGCAGAAACAAGCCAGCAGGUCCCACGUCAGCGGGCCAAGGCUGGGGGCUCCAAGCUGACCUGCAUCAAGAUCAAGACAAAGUCCCCCAAAGGGGACUACUACACACCAUCAAACGCCACAGUAGAGAUUGUGCCGGCCACGGAACGGCAAAACCACGUGGCACGAAAGAUCGUGAAGAUGACUAAGCAACCCCCCAACAAGAAGAAAAAAGGAGCCCCCUCACGAGAGAAGAAAGUUACCCGCACCAUCAUGGCCAUCCUGGUAGCUUUCGUGGCCACGUGGACUCCUUACAACGUUAUGGUGCUCAUCAAUACCUUUUGUUCCAGCUGUAUUCCCAACACAGUGUGGACUAUUGGUUACUGGCUGUGCUACAUCAACAGCACCAUCAAUCCGGCCUGCUACGCCCUGUGCAAUGUCACCUUCAAGAAGACUUUCAAACAUCUUCUCCUGUGCCAAUACAAAAAUAUCAGAUCCGCCAGAUAAAUACAGGCUCCCGAAAUGGAAGCAUUGAGUUGUGCGUGUGUGUGGAUGAAUGUGGAGGGUUUGUGAGGAGUGACAGAGUACAUCUUGAGGUCAUUUUUCAUCACUUUAUCAUUAGCUUUGCUAAUUCUCUCGGUUGUAGCACUUUACACUAGUUCUACUGAAGCCAGUUUCUUUGGGGGGUGGGGUGAGAGGCAGCACAGAAUGGGGAAUUAGUGAAAGCGGUAAGCUUAAAAAGCUGAGAGUCUAUAAGGCGGGAACUGACACAGAGAAGGGGAGAAAAAAUGAAAAAGUAGGAGGGUUAGUGCUGGACGGAAAACACACAAACGCUUCAAAAUGGGAACAUAGGGCUGACUGAAUUUACAAACCUACCAAGUUUAAAGUUCAGUAAAGACAACUUGUAGAUAGCUGUACAUAUUGCUGUAUAUGGUAUGUGUGUGCACAUGUGGGCGUGUAUGCACAUUGAUUUUGUUUUUAAUCAUCAUUAUGUCACUUUUAACCAGCAUGGAAAAGUCGAGGCUUGGGCCCUCCAACCAAACAGGAAGUCGACACCAUUGACUGUAUAUGAGAAGUUGACUGAGUGACAUUGCAAACAGGAAGUACCCGUUGGUUCCAAGAAGCCAAAAUCCCACUUUUGAAAAAUAAACAGCUAUUACUCAGUCAUUAUGUUGGUCAGUAUAACCAUUCUCGCGUUGCUAAUCUUUAUUUUUCUAAUUCUUGCUAAUCCUAAUUUUUUCCUAAUAUUGUGUCAUAAUUAACCGACCAAUCAGAUGCUUCAAUAUAUGUGGUCACUCACAUCCAACUGUAUAAUUGACACAUUUGGUGUAGUCUGCUUUAAACUGGUGGAGGUGUGGACCUCCAACAAGCUUACUCCUGAUAGGCGAGAAUGGUUACCAAGGAAACGUUGACUCAAACAAAUCACUACUUAUUGAUAACAUCUGUUUCCAAUAUGGUGGCAAAUAAUUUAAAAUAAAGGCAAAUAAAUUGACUUUUUAUUGUUGGAGCCAAAAGUCAUCAUUCUACAGAUGAUGUCACACUCCCUCGGUCCAGUUCUCAUGUACAGUCAACGGUUGCCACAGAUACAAAACAAAUAGAGUCACACUUUCAAAGUUAGCACACAAAUAGAAACUGUUACAGAUAUUUGUAACUUUGGUUUAAAAAAAUAAGAAUUUUCAAAAACAAACAAAAAUAUUUAAAUGUGUAACAAUAAAGACAAAUGGAAAUUGUUGGCACUUUCGGGUCAAAUUGACACCUUUUUUAGGUCACUAUAAUUCAGUAGUGUUUGUAAGGUAAUUUCUGACUUUAGAAUUAAUUUGUUUUUAUAUUAUAAGAAAUCCCUUCAAGUUAUGAAGAUGGUGGCACAGUGGUUCCAGAUGGUUGAGGAACUCUUGGUCAUUCUUAUUCAGACACUGAGGUUGGUUACAUCUAAACAUGCAGAGACAAACUAUUUAAAAAAAAAGUUCAAUGAUGGAAAUCAACUGUACUUAAAUCUGCAUUUAUUCUUUAAUUUUAAAGCAGUUAAAUUUAGGGUUUUAUGAGGCUAAAAAUAAAUUAUCAAACAUUCAUUGAGUUUUUGGCAGGUAAAGAGGAGGGUGCUGAAUCCUGCUCAUCAAGUUCUACCUUUUCCUCCAUUUCUGAUUUUUGCCAUUGUGAGUGAAGUUCAGCCAAUCAAAAGAAAGAUUCCGGUUCACCUGAACUACCUUAACCUCUAUCUAAAAUGUUAUCCAUCUAGUUUGACUGAUCAGUUGGGAUACUGAAAAAGAAUCAUCUCCACAUCACACUGCUCCACAUGAAUGUCUGAAGACUUCUGAGUGACAUCACAAAGUGUUUUUCCCCCCAAAAAGAUCUCUUCUCUUUAGCUCCAGAGACGUUUUUGGGGAAUUUCUUGAACGGUCUAUAAACAUUUAUCUGACGAUGUGAUACUCCCUCCAAGACUUUAGGCGAUGUUUUCACAAGAUUUGAAUAAAUUAUGGUGACUUUACACUCUCCAAAAGUCUUCUGAGAACAUCCCUGUGGUAUAAAUGAUGCAACUUUCAGAGAACAUCUACUUUUACACGGGAUGUGAUUCCUUGAAUAAGAAAUGAUCACGGCUGCCUCAUCUUGGGGAUGUUUCAUCAUUGGGAAGGAUAUUUCUACUCGGUUCACGACAAGCUUCACCAUCUGUGAUCGUCUGAUUCUAAGGUAGAUUUAUUAAUGGAAAACCUGAGUUUAGAGAGGGAAAAAUGAAAUGUCAAUGGUAAAGAAAGGGGGGGAAACACCUUUUUAUUGGUUUUUCCUGUUUUAUUUGUGCAAAAUUACUAUUUUUAGUUUUAAAAAAUGUAUUUUCACACAAAGUCACCUCAUCUCAUACAGUUUUAUACAGUUUUGAAUGCAGAGGGAGACUGUAACUUAGAACAAACAAACCCUAAAAAAAAUAAAAAUAAAAAAACAUUCGUCCCCUAUCAUCAGGACUUUUAUUGUUUUUUGGCAGCUAUUAAUGCAAAAAUAUGUUUGCCACAUUUUUUUUCCACUUCUGCAGAAAACUGUCAUUUUCCGUGAGAGAAUCCUGAUUGGAGCUCAGAGUAUAAACAGCAUUUUUGAUUUAUUGUUCUGCUCGGAUGAGUGACAGACAUUAUUUGAUUCUGCUGAUUAGUGGGUUGUGUCACAGCGUGCAUUGUUUGCGAAAACUGUGUGAGUGGGUUUCAAAAAGCUGAGGUGUUUGCACGCUCCAAGAGUGGAGUUUACUGCUGAUCGCGGGUCGUGACCUCGCGAUUUAAAAAAAAAAAAAAAAA